CGUGAAGCGUCAACACAUCCUCAUCCAAACUGCGAUUGCCAACCUGAAUCUGCUUUCUACCUAAGCAUCAAUCAUUUAUACUGCAUUCCAGACUUUUAUCUUUUGCUUAUAACCUUUUUUUGCUCGCCUUUCCUCGAAUGAGCAUGUCUCGAAGGACCUCCGCCAUGCCCGCGAGCUCGUCUACAAACAGCGGUGGCUCAACGAUCGCUGAUGGAGGCCAGGAAAAGCAGAAGAUGCUUUUGGGCUCGGAUGCUGGUCACUUCAGUAUGGUCAAGGCCCUACAUCUGGCGGAUCUCGUAACUGAACUCAAUGGAUUCUGCGGAGUAAUGUCCGUCUUUUCAUCUCUGCGCUACUGCCUUGGUGAUCCCCAUGACCAUGGCGCCAUCUGGGCCGCUCUCGGGUUUAUGCCUUUCGGCCUCUUUUUCGAUUUCAUGGACGGGAGGAUUGCAAGAUGGAGGAAGAAGUCGUCGCUCAUGGGGCAAGAAUUGGAUUCCCUGGCAGACCUUAUUUCCUUCGGUAUGGCCCCCGCGGCAGCUGCGUUCGCACUUGGAAUCCGAACCACUCUCGAUCACCUAUUCCUUACAUUCUUCGUACUCUGCGGCUUAACGCGUCUCGCUCGUUUCAAUGUGACCGCCGCGGUCCUUCCUAAAGACAAGACCGGCAAGUCGAAAUACUUCGAGGGUACACCGAUUCCUACCACAUUGGGUAUUGUUGGAUUGAUGGCAUACUGGGUAUCGCAAGAAUGGAUUUUGGAAGAUAUCCCGCUGGGUCUUGCUGCCCAGGGCACGCUAUUCGAGUUCCACCCCAUCGUUCUGCUCUUUGUACUGCACGGGUGCCUCAUGGUCAGCAAGACCCUGCGUAUCCCGAAGCCGUAAACAGAUAAAGAAUUUCAUGAAACACGUUGCUAACUAGAUAUGUAUCAUGAGAAUACCUAUAUACGAUUGGGUGGGAGCGCAACAAGAGAAAUACAAAUCACUCCUUGGAGAUAACGUGGCCGAAAACGAAUGGCAUGACCUGCACGAACGGGGCUCCUUUGGACUAAGCGGUUGACUCGUUGCGUCGUGUAUGUUUAUACCUAAAAGAAAAGGAGAGGGGGGAAAAAGACAUUAUUAUUAUAGGUGCCUAGGUAGUUAACAGAUCCAAGGCAUGCUCAGUUUCUCAUGGACACGAGUAGAUAUCAUUAUUCAAACCAAAUAACUUUCUAAUGUUUAUAUCAAUGAAAUACCUACAUAUGGCGCGC